CUCCUGAAUUUUUAUGAUUGUAACAAUGGCUAGCUACCUUAAGGGUCUCUUUUCUGGGAUGGGAAGGCAUGAUCAUAAUGGUCUAAUAAACAGAUGAAUGAAUAAAUAGCAGCCUUACUUGUAAUCACGUUAAUGGUAUGCUAAGCUCUGCUCUAUUUUGAAACUAAUCAGAACCCCAACUUGUUGUGGGUUGUUCCACAAGUUGGGAAAGAACCUGGGUGUGUUUUGGUCAAAGUUAAUCGCUGGUUGGCACAGGGUUCAGGUCAAGUUGCCACUAAAUUUUCAAGAGAGAGAGAGAAUCUUUUUAUUAUUAUUUUUUUAUAGAAGGGUUGAUAUUUGGAUGAAAGUAAAAAAGGGAGGGUUAAUGAACAAGAUUAACAGAAUUUUCCAACUCCAACAGCCUGAGUUGGAGGCUGAUUUAGUCGGCAUUUGACACUGACUGUCUCUCAACGCUUCUUGUUUCCAUCGGGUUUGUGGUGUGCUGCUUUAACAGUUGUGCAAAGCCAGAACGGACUGUGGCAAUGAGUUGCAAAGGGGAGGAGGAGGAUGUGGUCAGAAGCUUUGACGGCGGCGUUACUUCCCUCCCUGGGGAGAAAGGAGAAGCUGCUGUACCUCCUCUCCACCUGACCCAGAUGUCCGAUGGAGCACCUUCAACGCCUGCUGGGGACCCUUCAACGGGCUCUGGAUUAUGUUUCGUCCUUCACCACUUACCUGCUUGGAGAUGAAACUUAUCCGGGAGCAGAAGAGCCAGGACAGAGAAGGAAUAGGAGCAGCCGUUGCAGCAGCCAUGAUGGGGAAGUGGAGACGGCACACUCUGGGGACAUCCCUCCAACGAGACAUCUGGAGGUCUUCGAAGGUUGCCUCACCACAGAGAUAACCCCAGCCAACCAAGAAAUCCAGGCAGCGUCAGAAGCAGCAGACAACGAUGCUCAGGCAACAGAGUCUGUUCACAAACUUUCCAAAUUGCCCAUCAGAUCUGAGGGACAGGAAAAGGCUGAGGAAAAGCUCUCAGAGUCCUCUCAGUUCCCAGCUGAUGCUCCAGAGCCAAGCCCCACAGCAGCUGCGAUCAGCAGCAUCAAACAUAAAGAUGUGGAGGGGCCAACUGCUACUGGGGGACUCCAUCAGUGGGAGCUAGAAGGAACCAGCUGGAUAGGAGGAGGUCAGCAGCAGGGGGCGCUAGAGGAAGUGGCAGAUACAGAACAGCAUCAGCAUGGGGAAGCAGAGGGGCCCAAAGGCAAACAGUUGGAGAAACAAGGGCAGGAAGAAGAAACUUCAGAGGAGAGGGAGGAAAAACAAGUGGGAACCUUGUGGUAUGACAGGACCCAGCAAAUUGCACCAGAUUUGACACCAUUUGUGGGAGAAGAGCAGAGAGGGCUGGAUGGGAUGGUGAGGGCUGUGGGGUUUCAGCUCAGUGGGGUGGUGGAGGAGGGGGUCAAGAUGGUGGAGGGACAGCAGCUAGAGGCUGAGAGACAACAGGAAAAUGAAACAGAGAUGGAAAAGGACCUGCUGGAGGAAAUAAAUAUGGCAGAGACUGAAGGAGACCAGGAGGAGAUGCUCGGAGCUGGGAGAAGCCACCUGUGGGAGCCCGAGGAGGAAGUAAAAGGCACAAGAGAGACUGAUUGUGGUCAGGAAAAGGAACUGGGAGAAACUUUAUGGUACGAGGGGAUUCAGGAAAGGGUACCAGAUUGGUCACAGUUUGUGGAGGUACAACACCGAGGGCUGGAGGAGGCAACCAAGAUGGCAGAAGAUGAGCAACUGGAGGUCGAGCAGGAACACACAGAAGAUCCAGAGGCAGAAGGGCAGGAGGGGAAGACAUGGGCUGUGGGGUUUCACCACAGGGGGCUAGAGAAGGAGGAAGAGGAGGUCAAGAUGGCAAAUGGUCAAGAGCUGGAGGUCAAGCAGGAACAAGAAGAAGAACCAGAGGUGGAAGAGAACCUGCAGGAGGAGUUAGAUAUAGCCGAAGAAGAAGAAAUUCAGCAAGCAAUGCCGGACGCGGCAGAAACUGAGAGAGAGCAGGAUGGGGAGCCAAAGGGAAUAGCAGAGAACAGGGGUGGUCAGUGGGAAGAAGUGGCAGGUGUAGAAGAGACAGAAGGGGUCCAGCAGAGGGAGGUAGAGGAACCCGUGAGAAAGGAGGCAGCAGAAGAACAAGUGGAAGUUACAGGAGAAGAAUGGCUAGAGGAGAGUGACCAGGAGAGCGAAUCAGAGAGGCCGGCAGAAGCUAGUGGUCUUCUUGACAAAGAGGAGCUGGAAGCAGCUGGAGUCCAGACAAAGCAAACAGAAGAGACGGACAGCCGCCAGCAGCAAGAACCCAUGGUUUGCACUGCCUCCAUCACUGGGACGUUCCCAGUUAAGGUCAAGCCACUGAACACAAGUCACCAAAUGGAGCGGGUGCUGCUUCGCCGCAAGAGCUCUAUCCGGCGGGCGCCUAGCACAAAGAGACAGCCAGUGGAGACGACGCAGCCAGAGACGAUAAGUGUAGCUGAGGAGGUUCCAGCUCAACCACAAACACCGCACAGGCAGAACCCAAGGCAUUCUGGGUUUGGGCCUCUGCACCCCAACAUGAUGGCUGAACUUCAGACGCGCCUGCGCAAGCCUCAGUGACCCAAGGGCUGAUUUCUGCAUUGCCGUAUAUUUGAGCUUUCACAGGACGUAAAUGCCACCUCUGGAAAUCUAGGGGCAGUUUAGCACUCAUUUCCAUGUUAAUUGCUUUCAGGGGAGGGGAGAUACUGUAUACAUUUGCAACCCUGUUAACGCAGAAAAUUGUGGAAGAUGAGCGGUGAAAUUUGGGGUACUCUACCGGCAUACAGCUCUCUGGUGCCAUUUUCAUGCAUGAAUCAUGGGGGAACGGAAGUGCGCAUGUGCGGAAAGGGUGGGGAAGUAGCCACACGUCCAAUGACAUUUGUGGUUGUAUCACACUGCACCCACCAGUAUGAAAAAGAAUUAGUGCAGCAUGCCAGAGUAUUAAUUGAAAAGCUACAAUAGGUUCAGCAGUGUGAAAGCAACGUUAGAAAACAGGGCAGGAGUGCUAGUGUUAUAAUCAGGAAAACCACCACAAAAUUCCCAUGUCUGAACGCACCCCUGUGAUCAGCUAAGGCUUGGGGUGCAUGUGUUGGGGGAGCAGGACUAGAAAAUGGGGCCAAUGUCUUCAGCAUGGCACUGGUUGGCAUUCAUAUCAAUGGCUCCUUCCGCAUUAGAGCCUUGUAGUGCUGCGGAACCACUGCUUUUCCACAAUCAUCUGAAAGUGGAAUUAACACUUCACGUAGUACUUAAUAUAGCUCUUUCCUCCCUAAAAACUCCUUCCUGCUCAGUCUGUUAAGGCAGGGAUAGCCAACAUGGUGCCCUCCAGAUGUCAAUGGAUAACAGAUCCCAUCCCCCUUGACCACUUGCUAUGCUGGCUGCGUCAGAUCACAUUUGUUAUCCAGUAGCAUGCAGUGGACAUCACUGGCUGCCCCUGUAACAAUAUCUACAUCAGAAGCUCUAUCAAGCGUACCACCACUUUCAAAUGUGAGAGAGCCUUUUCAGUGGUUGUGUCCUCCCAACUUUUAAAAUAUUUUUUCGUAACUAAGCGAAGAGGAUGUUUUUCUUUCCGGCUUUUUAACGAUAGCUUUAGUUCAUUGAACUAAAAUUAGUUAAUGUAGUUCAUUUAUUCACGUUUAAUUGUUAUUUUUACUUUUGUUUUUAGUUGCUGUUUUUCACCAUCAGGUGUGCAGUUUCUGUCUGGUUUAAAAUGUCAAAAUGUUGGUAUUAAAAAUGGUUUAAUUGCACUGUCUUUUGUCCUGUUUCA